AUGCCGCUCAAUUCUCCCGUACCGGUUCCCGUCUACGCCUCUGCUGAGCUCAAGAAUACCUCCGACGAUGCUAUUACAACAUAUCUCACCCUUGGCCUCCCUAAGCCUAACAGAUUCGUCGCAAGCAACACAAAAUCAGAUAUCCGCCUUAUGAUAGGCUAUUCCGCUGUCUCAAUCGCUGGAGUCUCUUUCUACUUUGACUACAUGAAGGGCUGGGAGUUCACCGCGCCAUGGAUGUUAUAUGCUGUAAUAGCAUAUUUUAUACUAAACACUGUAUACACCGGAUGGAUAGCGCUAGUUGAGAACAGACAGGUGUUCGAAGGCACCACAGCAAAAGGAGAAACGCUUCAAAUAUCGUCUCAUUCGAAGAAAUUAUCCUCGACAUACAAGCUUCACUUCCGACACACCUCUCCCUCUGGACAAGUUGUACAAGAGAAGACAAUCGAGGCUCCCUUUUCCAAGUGGUUUUCAGCAGACGGUACCCUACACUUUGAACCAUUUUCAGAAUGGCUCAAGAGUGAGAUAAAGCUUGUACAGCUAUGCUCGUUAGAAGGCCCCUCUAAAUAA